AUGGAAAGACCUCUCGAGCUGACAGAUUGGGCAUCAAUGAGAUUGGCUAAAUCAGUUGAUUUGGGAUUGAAGAUGUCUGUCCAGCCAAUCAAUCCAACAAAGUUUGAGGUUACAUCUGAUAACAAGAGUUAUGUUGUUGAUCUUGGCAGUCACACAUGCACGUGUCUUGUGUUCCAGUUCCAAAUGAUACCAUGUCCUCAUGCUGCAGCUGCAAUAGGAAAGGUGAACCAGAACCCGUCGUCUUAUGUGAAUGAUUACUUUUCAACUGCUACUCUCCGUGAAAUAUAUUCUGGCGAGGUGAUGCCACUACCGAAUCCUGAAGAUUGGUGCAUUCCCGAGGAUAUUGCUUCGAGGGUUGUGCUAACACCAGGUGAUGUUCAACAAUCUGGGAGGCCGCGUGAGAAAAGGAUGAAGAGUGGUGGUUCCGGCUCAUCGAGCCGUCGUGUUUGUUCUCGAUGCCAUGAGAAAGGACAUUAUCAAUCUACGUGCACUGCAGUCAUGCAACUUACAGUGCAGGAAGAAGUCAGCAGCAGUGAGUCAUGUGUGUUUGUCAUUGUUGGAAUCUGUUAUCGAAUCUGUCAGAUGCUUGCAAGUCCCAAAUGGCACUUAUGGCACUAA